GGGAGCCGUGGAGAGGAGACUGGCCGGCCAGAACCAUGGAGCUCAGCGUCCUCCUUCUGCUGGCUCUCCUCAUGGGACUUUUGCUACUUGUAUCAAGGGGCCAUCCCAAGAAUCGUGGGCGUCUCCCUCCAGGCCCCCGUCCCUUGCCUUUCUUGGGAAACCUUCUGCAGAUGGACAGAAAAGGUCUGCUCAAAUCCUUCCUGAAGAUCCGAGACCAAUAUGGGGAUGUUUUCACUGUUUAUCUUGGACCAAGGCCUGUUGUCAUGCUCUGUGGAACAGAGACCAUUCGGGAUGCUUUAGUAGACCAUGCUGAUGGUUUCUCUGGUCGAGGAACAAUUGCUGUUGUUGAGCCAAUCUUCCAAGGAUAUGGUGUUGUCUUUGCCAAUGGGGAACGUUGGAAGACCCUUCGGCGAUUCUCUCUGGCCACCAUGAGGGACUUUGGGAUGGGAAAACGCAGUGUGGAGGAGCGGAUUCAGGAGGAGGCUCAGUGUCUGAUGGAGGAGCUACGGAAUUCCAAGGGAGCCCUCCAGGAUCCCACCUUCUUAUUCCAUUCCAUCACCGCCAACAUCAUCUGCUCCAUUGUCUUUGGGGAACGUUUCUCCUACAGAGAUCCCCAGUUCUUGCGGCUGCUGGACUUGUUUUUUCAAUCUUUUGCUCUCAUCAGCUCCUUCUCCAGUCAGGUAUUUGAGCUCUUCUCUGGCUUCUUGAAGUACUUCCCCGGCGCACACAGACAGAUUUACAAUAACCUGCAAGAAAUCAACACCUUUAUUGGUCAGAGUGUGGAGAAGCAUCGCGAGACUUUGGACUGCACUGCUCCCCGGGACUUCAUUGACACCUACCUGAUCCGCAUGGACAAAGAGAAAUCCGACCCCAGCACCGAGUUCCACCAGAAGAACCUCAUCAUUACUACCCUCUCUCUCUUCUUCGCUGGCACUGAGACAACCAGCACCACGCUCCGCUAUGGAUUCCUGCUCAUGCUCAAAUAUCCACACAUCAGAGAGAGAGUCCAGAAGGAGAUCGACAAGGUGAUUGGCUCACACCGUGCUCCAGCCCUCAAUGACCGAGCCAACAUGCCAUACACUGAUGCAGUCAUCCAUGAGAUGCAGAGAUUUGGGGAUCUCCUUCCCAUUGGAGUUCCCCAUAUUGUCACCAAGGACACACACUUCCGAGGGUACAUCAUCCCAAAGGGCACCGAAGUAUAUCCCAUCCUGAACUCUGCUCUCAAUGAUCCACGUUACUUCAAGAAACCAGAAACCUUCGAUCCUGACCAUUUUCUGGAUGCCAAUGGGGCAUUGAAGAAGUGUGAUGCUUUCAUGCCCUUUUCGAUAGGAAAGCGCAUUUGUCUUGGAGAAGGCAUCGCCCGUGCAGAAUUAUUCCUCUUCUUCACCACCAUCCUGCAGAACUUCACCGUGGCCACUGACAAGGCCCCUGAGGACAUCGACCUCACCCCCAUGGAGUGUGGUGUGGGCAAACUGCCCCCAAAAUACAAGAUCCGUUUCCUGCCCCGCCAAAGAGACUGAGGGAAGGGGCCCAAAAGAUGCUGGGAUCAUUAGGAAUCCCAACUUCUUCAGAAAGUGGCUCUUGUCUCUCUUCGUGUCUACCUUCUU